AAACACCUCUCUAAAAUUUCUCUCGUGGCAUUUUGUACGUCCGACGCGCAUCGUCGAACAUUUACUUUAUUGAAAUACGUUCAAUCGAAUCCAAAUUGCGUGUGUUCGUUUUGUGGUGAUUGUGACAAAUUGAAGAUGAUGUACAUUAAGGAUUACAUUUUCUGCUUUAGUUACUUCUUCAUCUUCCUGUAGAAGGCAAUGAACACAGCGGGAACAAUAACAAAAAAAGUGAAAUAUCCGAACGCAGAUCACAGAAUCAAAUACAAAACUGACGUUGUAAAACCGAAAUUAAGAGAAGUAUUCACGCCAAUUUACAAUACGACACCACAUUGUUGUAAACAAAAUAUUCAAUAUAAAAUACCCGACAGAUAUAAUAAAAAAACUGAUACGGAAAAAGAUAAAACCGAUCAAUUGGAUUACUUAAAAAACAAUUUAUGCAUCAAAUCUUGUAUAAACAACAAAGAUUUGCCGAGAUUUCAAAUGAAGAAAGUUAGUAUAAGAAAUUAUACACCGAAAAUAUUAAAUCAUGAGAUUAAUAUGGGUAUGUGGAUGUAAUGGAAUGCUGAACACAGAUAUUCAGGAACUAGAUUAAGUUUAACGUGCCAAAAAUUUGUGAUAAACUUGAUACAGAAAAGGAAUUGAAAUGUCGGCUUUAGCAGCUAUAGGACAGGUAGCGAAUUUUGCAAUUGGGAUUACCACGAAUCCUUUGACGAUAUUAGGCUUAGUGCCUGUUUUUGCUGCAGGCAUAGCAUUCAUGAGAUAUUUAUCUAUGGACCCUGAAGUACAUCCAACGAAUACUAUGCACAUCAGGCCUCAAUACGACUUCAUAAUAAUCGGAGGAGGUUCAGCUGGUGCCGUAGUCGCUUCCAGACUAUCAGAAAUCUCCAACUGGACGGUUUUACUCAUCGAAGCAGGUGGUAACGAAAAUGAAGUUUCCGAUAUACCAACUUUAAGUGGAUAUCUGCAAAUGUCGGAAAUGGAUUGGAUGUACCAGACUUCCCCUCCCGUGGAUUCACCUUAUUGUUUAGCGAUGCUAGGGGAUCGGUGUAAUUGGCCAAGGGGUAAAGUACUUGGAGGUUCAAGUGUCUUGAACGCCAUGAUUUACAUCAGAGGAAAUAGUCGCGAUUACGAUUAUUGGGAAGAACAAGGCAAUCCUGGAUGGUCUUAUAAAAAAGUUUUGCCAUAUUUUUUAAAAUCUGAAGACAAUAGAAAUCCGUAUUUGUUAAAAACACCGUAUCAUAAAUCGGGAGGUUACUUGAGUGUACAAGAAUCCCCUUGGAGGACGCCCCUAUCGAUAGCUUUCCUUCAAGCCGGAAUGGAAUUAGGUUACCAGAACAGAGAUUGCAAUGGAGAGAUUCAAACUGGCUUUAUGCUAGCACAAGGUACUAUUCGGAGAGGUUCGAGAUGCUCGACAGCCAAAGCGUUCCUAAGACCUGUUCGAAACAGAUCGAAUCUUCACAUUGCCAUGUUAGCUCAAGUAACAAAAAUAAAAAUAAAUCCGAAAACCAAAGAAGCUUAUGCUGUAAAAUUGGUAAGGAAUAAUAGACCACAAACGGUUAGAGCUAGAAGGGAAAUUAUAUUGAGUGCUGGUGCCAUUGGAAGUCCUCAUAUCUUGAUGCUGUCUGGUGUAGGACCAAAGGAGCAUUUAGAAUCCUUCAAUAUAUCCGUAUUAAGCGACUUGAAAGUUGGACAUAAUCUACAAGACCACAUCGGGUUAGGUGGUUUAACUUUUAUAAUUGAUGAUCCGCUUACUGUUAAUAGGAAACGUUAUCAAACAAUGCAGGUCGCUUUGGAAUAUAUAAUCAACGAAAAAGGACCUUUAACGUCAAUAGGAGGUGUAGAAGGUUUGGCUUUUGUCAAUACGAAAUACGCUCCAAAAUCCGGUCUAUGGCCGGACGUGCAGUUCCAUUUCGCUCCUAGCAGUAUAAACUCGGACCCGGAUCAAAUUAGAAAAAUCACAGGGCUACGAGAUAGCAUCUACAAUACCGUUUAUAAGCCUUUAAAAAAUGCGGAAACUUGGACGAUAUUACCGCUUCUUCUGCGACCGAAAAGUACUGGAUGGAUUAAAUUAAAAUCUAAAGAUCCCAUGGUGUAUCCAGAUAUAAAUCCGAAUUAUUUCACACAUAAAGAAGAUGUAAACGUAUUGAUAGAAGGUAUAAGGAUAGCACUAAACGUCUCUGCCACCAAAGCGUUCCAAAGAUUCAAUUCCAGACCACAUCAAAUUCCUUUUCCAGCUUGUGGUCAAUACGCUUUCGAUACUGACGAAUAUUGGGAAUGUGCUUUACGUCAUUUCACCUUUACCAUAUACCAUCCGACGUCAACUUGUAAAAUGGGACCAUCUACGGAUCCUGAUGCCGUGGUAGAUCCACGAUUGAAAGUAUACGGGAUCAAGAAACUGAGAGUUGUUGAUGCUUCUAUAAUGCCGACUAUAGUAAGCGGUAAUACAAAUGCUCCAACAAUUAUGAUUGGAGAAAAAGCUUCUGACAUGAUCAAGGAAGAUUGGGGGAUUGAAAUUCAGUAGUUAUUAUGAAUUUUGAUUUAUUUCAUUCAAUUUUUUGUAUAGAUAUUCAUAUUUGUUAGAUAUAUUUCUCCAUAGUAAAUAACUAGUCAUAUUUUUGUAAAUUAUUUAAGAUCUAAUUUAUUAAUAAAUAUAAAGAUAUAUGGAAAAUAUAAAUCCAAAUAAAGAGCAUGUAAUGGAA